CUUUAAUCACUACAGCCAUGAACGGUAUGGGCGGCAUGAUGCAACCACAAAUCAUUAUUCUCAAGGAUGGUACCGACACAUCUCAAGGCAAAGGCCAACUCUUGUCCAACAUCAACGUUGCUUCGUCCAUCGCCGACUCUAUCCGCACCACUCUUGGUCCUCGUGGAAUGGACAAACUUAUCGUUGAUUCCAGGGGUGAUGUCACCAUAUCCAACGAUGGUGCUACUAUUCUCAAGCUCUUAGAUAUUGUUCAUCCUGCUGGAAAGGCUCUUGUUGACAUUUCUCGUGCACAAGAUGCAGAGGUUGGUGAUGGUACAACUAGUGUCACUCUUUUUGCUGCAGAAUUAUUGCGAGAGGUCAAACAGUACAUUGAAGAAGGUGUUUCUCCACAAAUUAUUAUCAAGGGCUUUAGAAAAGCGUCUGUCCUUGCGACCAACAAGGUCCGUGAGAUGGCUGUUGCUAUUGAGCGCAAAAACGCAGUUGAAUUUCGCCAACUUCUUGAAAAGUGUGCUGCCACUGCCAUGUCUUCCAAGAUUAUCCAUGGCCAAAAGGAAUUCUUUACCAAAAUGUGCGUUGACGCUGUUCUUCAUUUAGACCAAGAAGAACUCAGCGAAAAACUGAUUGGCAUCAAAAAGGUUCCUGGUGGUGCCAUGCAGGACUCUCUUUUUGUCAAUGGUGUUGCAUUUAAAAAAACCUUUUCCUACGCCGGAUUUGAGCAACAGCCCAAAAGCUUCAAGGCUCCCAAGAUUCUUUCAUUGAAUGUUGAACUUGAACUCAAGGCUGAAAAGGAUAAUGCUGAAGUCCGUGUCCAGGAAGUAUCCGAGUAUCAGGCCAUUGUUGAUGCUGAAUGGUCCAUCAUCUACGAUAAACUGGAAAAGAUUGUCUCCACGGGUGCUAAAGUUGUGCUUUCCAAACUCCCCAUUGGAGAUCUUGCUACUCAGUAUUUUGCUGACCGUGACAUCUUUUGUGCUGGACGUGUUGCAUCAGAGGAUCUUGUCCGUGUUGUCAAGGCUGUUGGUGGUGCCAUUCAGACCUCUGUCAACGAUAUUCAGACCCAUCAUCUUGGAACUUGUGAGCAGUUUGAGGAAAAACAGAUUGGAUCCGAACGAUUCAACAUUUUCAAAGGAUGUCCCCAGGCCAAGACAUGUACUCUUAUUCUCCGUGGUGGUGCCGAGCAGUUUAUUGCCGAGGUUGAGCGAUCGCUUCACGAUGCUAUUAUGAUUAUUCGUCGUGCCAUUAAGAACAAGACUGUAGUUGCUGGUGGUGGUGCUACCGAGAUGGAGCUUUCCAAAUACCUCCGUCAAUAUUCUCGCUCUGUCGAGGGCAAGCAGCAAAUGAUUAUUGCGUCUUUUGCCAAGGCUCUCGAGGUUAUUCCCCGUCAACUCUGUGAUAAUGCAGGAUUUGAUGCAACAGACAUCCUCAACAAGCUUCGACAGAAACAUGCUCAAGGUGGUAUGUGGUAUGGAGUAGACAUGGAAUCUGAAUCGAUUGCAGACAAUUACAAAAAGUUUGUAUGGGAACCAGCAUUGGUCAAGGUUAAUAUGAUUACCUCUGCUACUGAAGCUGCCUGCUUGAUUCUGUCUGUUGACGAAACUGUCAAGAAUCCUCAAGCCGAAAAACCCCAGGCAGGACCACCCAUGCGUGGUCGUGGUCGUGGCAUGCCCCGUCGUUAGGAAUCUUGCUGUAGGCUGAACAGAUAUCAAUCUGAUCGAGAAUUAUUAUAAAUGCAAUAGUUUUGAAUCUGGCAAAAUGAAACCAAGUGUUUAAUUGAAUAUUU